UUACAUAACUCUGGAUCUAGGGUUUCUGCCUCUCGCAAUUAGAACUUUGAAAAGCCGCAAAAACACCUAAUUUCACCCAAUCAACAACAGAUUCAUCGGAGAAGACGAAGAAUUAGGUAUUUUUUUUCAUCAUCCGUACUUACAGAUCUAAACAUUGAGAGACAAAAAUUCUUAAAGGAAAAAAGAAACUAAAGUUCCAUCCUUUUUACGGGAUGGCUGAUGCUGAAGUGGAGAGAAGAAUGAGAGGUGAUACCUGCACGAUUAGUACUCGACGACGUACAUAUAGGAGGAUUGAGAGCAAAGCUGGAUCUAGUCGAUCCCCUGAGGAAUCAUACUUGCAGUUUAUCAAGAUCGAAACCAAAAACCCUCCCACUAGUAUUCCAUGCUCUUCUUCUCUGACCAGGAGGUUUUUCGACAGACCCUUGGACUCCAAGUGCUUUAACGUUGGAGUUGGAGCCUUGGAUCAAUUAUUUAUCCGUGAUGGCACACUUGACAAGCUUAUAUGGAAUGAUAAUUGGUCUGUUGAUGAAACCGUAUCUUUUUUCCGUUAUCUUGCUGAUAAGAAGUUGCCUUCGCGGUGGUCUCCUCUAGGUUCCUUCUUUGUCUCAUCUAACUACAACUUGGUCAUUAUUUGGGGCUCAAGAUAUUAUACGGACUUUGGCCGCCUCAUGCGUUUUAAUCACUAUCAGGUAGAAGAGUUUGAUAUUUCCCCAGGUGAGAAAUACCUAGUAACCUAUAACAGACCAGACCCAACUGACCCAAAUGGACUCUGGCUAAAGAUUUUCGAUGUGAGCACUGGGACAGGAAUCGUUGGACUAAAUAAUGCUGAUGUUGCUGACUCCCCCCAGUGGCCUGUGAUAAGAUGGGCUGGGGGUAAAGAUGAUACAUACUUCGCCACGCUUAGCAAAAGCAACACUGUAUCUGUCUACGAGACCAAGACUUUCAACCUGUUGGGCAAGGCACCACUGAAACUUGAUGAUGUUAUAGAUAUUUCUUGGUCUCCCACAGAAGCUGUGCUUGCAAUACUGUGUGGCGAGAAGCCUCUCAAGGUUCUUCUGUUGCAAAUCCCCGACGAGGUGAAGCUGGCAGAGAAGGAAAUUACCGCUAUUGUUGGCGACUGCAAGAUGCACUGGCAGAGCAAUGGUGAGUACCUUGCUGUCAACACUUAUGGGGGGUUUGAGUUUUUCCGCAUCAAAGAGAAAGGCAUACCCACGGAUUUUCUCAAGGUGGACAAGAAGAUCCUGGCUUUUGCGUGGGAACCUAGCGGUCACAGAUUUGCUGUGAUUUACGGAGACGAACCAACCCUAACUGUCAGUUUCUACUCGAUGAAGACACCUGGAAAGGUCACAGAGCUUACUACUUUGAGCAACAAGCAAGCAGAUUCCCUCUUUUGGUCGCCCAAAGGCAAUCUCGUGGUUCUUGCUGGAUUGAAAGAGGGCAAGCUUGAGUUUUUUGAUGUGGAUCGGCUUGCUCAAAUUUCCUCAGUUGCAAACGUGAAGGCCAACCAGGUUGUUUGGAAUCCAAGUGGGGAAUAUGUUGCAACGGUGUCUACGAUACCACAAGAGGAGUUUGAUAGUGAUUGGUGCAGUGAUCCAAAUGACCCUCUUGAUAGGUUUACUAUCUGGUCCUCCGGUGGAGAUUGUCUUUUUGUUCAUCAGUGUCAAAAUCGCAUAAUGCAGCUUGAUUGGCGCCCUUACGGAGGAAUCAUAGAUGAUGACAUGCUUAAGACGCAGUGAAGAAGAAUGCUUUACUGUUUAUGCAAGUAUUUAAACUUUUUAUGUUAUUUGUCAACUUCUCUGCUAUGUUUGGUUUUGGCUUUCGUUUCCAAGAUCUCUCUAGUAACUUGUUUUUUCUUAUUUUUGUCAGCACUCCAUUAACUUGUUAUAAAGCUACUAUUUGGUCCAA